UACAAUUUCUUCUUUAAUUUGAGUCCAAAAUUUCAGAGGUUUCUGUAACAAACCAUAUACCAUGAUUUCUGAACAAUGGGAACAUCUCUCAUAAUGGACUUGCAAGGGAAAAACAAGUUUUUCAGUAUUUUACUCAUGACCUCUGCGUUGUCCUUCUCAAAGCGCCACAAAAAUCUUCGGUCGAGUGCACAUCUUCUUCUUCUUCUGCUGACGCUACUCGGGUUUAUAGCUUAUUGUAAGCAUGUUGAGACUGCCCUUUUAUCUUACUAGGUAAUCCCAUCUUCAAGAGGUACAGCAACAGCUGGUUGAUUUUCAUAGAAAAUUAGACAAAGAUGUUUACUAAUGCUCCUUCCUUCAAGGUAAGAAGUUAAGCCAAUCUGGUUUUUUUUUUCCUCUUCUUUUCUGAUGGUCCGUAUAGCAGCUUCUUGUGCUGUGUAUUCAUUUAUAUUUUCCCCUUAUCUCCCUCUUUUACUUGCAUGAGAGAAGUUAUUUAUGGAGAGUUCAUAAGAAGUGAAGAUACAGAUACUAAACUGAAUAGAAAACAAUGGCAAACAAUGAGCUAAGGAUCCCACUGGCACGAACCACUGGAUCAUCAAGUUUCAUUAAUGCUUGCUUCAAUGGCAUAAAUGCAUUCCUUGGAAUUAGUUAUCUAACAGUCCCUUAUGCCCUCUCAACUGGAGCUACCUUGAUAUUGCAGGGCAUGCAUUUGGUACAAAAGGAAGAAUCACAGUCAUGAUCAUUAUGAAUUUGGAAAUGUAUCUUGUUGCUGUCGGGCUUUUGAUACUGGAGGUUGACAACUUGCGUAAGCUAUUUCCAGAAUUCAUGAUCAACCUUGGGGAAUUAACAGUAGAUGGAAGACAGUCAUUUGCUAUAAUCACAUUCCUAAUAAUCUUGCCAACAAUAUUUUUAACCGACUUGAGCAUUCUCUCCUAUAUCUCUGCCACUGGAUUUUUUUCAUGCCUUGUCAUCCUUGUCUCCAUUUUUUGUGUCGGUGCAUUCAAUGGUGUUGGCUUUCAUGCGAAGGGAUCGAUACUGUUAAAUGUGGACCGCCUACCUAUUACAGUUAGCUUGUAUAUUGUUUCCUUUGGUGGACAUCCAGUCAUCCCUCCAAUAUAUGUAUCAAUGCGAGACCGCUACCAGUUCAGUAAGGUCUUACUAUUCAGUUUUGUUCUUGCAACACUCACCUACAUGUCAAUGGCCAUAGUAGGAUAUCUAAUGUAUGGAGACAGGGUUGAAUCAGAAAUAACUUUGAAUCUACCAACAAGUAAAGUUAGUGCAAGAAUCGCAAUUUAUACGACUUUAGUUAUUCCAAUCGCCAGAUAUGCAUUGGUAUUAACCCCAAUUGCAACUGCCAUUGAAGGCGGGAUUUCAGAAAAUUACAAGAAUAAGAGAGCUGUUAGAUUAUUUAUAAGAGUAGCAUUGCUGUUUAGCACAGCUAUUGUGGCAUAUUAUUUUCCCUAUUACGAGUCCCUGAUGGCAAUUGUUGGAUCAAUUUUUGUCGUUUCGGGUUCUUUUCUGCUCCCAUGCUUGUGUUACUUGAAGAUUUCUGAUCUCAAUUGGGGUUGGAACUGUGAGCAGAUAGGCAUUAGGGGGAUAAUUCUAUUUGGAACAUUUGCUGGGGUUUUAGGGACUUAUUCAUCUAUUUCUGAACUUGUAAGAUAAUGCUUGAUCAGUGCUUGAAGACACUCUAAUUCGCAAACUAGAGUACUUGAUAUAUGCAUAUUGUCCUUUCAUCA